UUAUUGUCAAAUUUACAAAAUCUGAUUGAAACUUUAUUUUCCACAAAUCCAUGACCCACAAAGAACAGGGAAAGGAAAAGCAAAAAGUCAUUUCAAAUUAUUAACUUGAAGAAGAAGUUUGCAGGAUAGCAUUAUCGCUCUUCUUGGUACGUGUAUACUUUAGUGGAAAGAUCAGCUUGAAUCCGAAGAAAACAAGCUGCCCAGUCUUUAAAAUCUGUGUUUGUUUCAAUUGGGGUCGUAAUGGACAAGCGACAGUCGAAGCAUUGGGAGAGGCCAUCCCCAGCUCAGAGGCAUCUUGAUUCUCGGUUCAAUAGAAUUUCAAUUGAAUUAAAAAGGCGAGGGCAAUUUGUUCCUCGGUACAGUAGGCAUUCGAAGCAUUGGGAGAGGUCAUCCCCAACUCAAAGGCCUCUUGAUUCUCGGUUCAAUAGACUUUCACUUGAAUUAAAAAGGCCCUCCUCCAGUAAAGGGCAAUUUGUUCCUGAGUACAAUAGGCAUUCGAAGCAUUGGGAGAGGUCAUCCCCAGCUCAAUGGCAUCUUGAUUCUCGGUUCAAUGGACUUUCAAUUGAAUUGAAAAGGCCCUCCUCCAGUCGAAGGCAAUUUGUUCCUCGGUACAAUAGGCAUUCGAGGCAUUGGGAGAGGUCAUCCCCAACUCAAAGGCAUCUUGAUUCUCGGUUCAAUAGACUUUCAAUUGAAUCAAAAAGGCCCUCCACCAGUCGAGGGCAAUUUGUUCCUUGGUACAAGAGGCAUUCGGACCAUUGGAAGAGGUCAUCCCCAGCUCAAAGGAAUCUUCAUUUUCGGUUCAAUAGACUUUCAAUUGAAUUAAAAAGGCCCUCCUCCAGUCGAGGGCAAUUUGUUCCUCGGUACAAUAGGCAUUCGGAUGAUUCAGAGAGACCAUCACCGGCUCCAAACAAUGCACUUUAUAUGUUGGGAUCGCCAAGACAUGAAGUACAAAGUACUAAGAAUAUUGUAUACCCAGAAGGCGCAGUUUUCAGAUGGCUGGCUACAGGUUUGGAAGAUGAUGAUCAGUUUCCUUCUUCUGUAUGUCUUAAGAGGAUUUCUUUGGAACCCAGCCAGAAAACUGGACAAAAUCCCUCCUUAGUUUUGGUGAACAGUCGUGUGGCUAAAGAUACGGAUGAAGAGGGAGGAAGUGUAUGCAGAAGGCCGUGGGAAUAUGUUGCAGAGAAGGUAUGGCCAGAUUUACUGUCUUGUUUAGAAAAUAUCAGGAAGAAAAUGAAGUGUCAAGACCUGGAGGAAGUCCAUCCAAACUUGGUUGCGAGAUUUGGCAAAAAUAUUUUUCAUGGGAGUGCUGUAAGGUGGUUCGACAAAUUCAGAAAAGCUCAGUCUUCUGAGACCACUCUGGGAAAAUUCACUAAAUUUUUUCACGCAAAUGUUCCUACAUCAUACACUGAAAAACUUGUAAGGGAAGCUGUGCCAAAACUUGGACUUGAUUUUAUAGAGAAGAAGGAUAUAUACCAAGUCAGGUUAUAUGACAGCACACAAGAAGAUUCAAUUAUAUCAUGCAAAUGUACUUUAAACAAUGAUAAAAAACUUGAGCUCUAUAAGAUCAAACUAAUUAACCGAAUUCGUCACAUGGUCGUAAAUAUAUCAUGCCUUGAUAAGGAUGUUGAUUUAAGGUUGAUGCUUAGUGGCAAGAGGAUGUUAACAGCAUUGACUGAUAAUGUAAUGGAGAGGAUUAGCAAUCUGAUUAAUUCAGCAGUUGUGGAUCCGGAGAAGAAGGGUGGAUUCAGAUGGCCCCAGACAGCGUUUUCUCAGAGUAGUAGAUACAGGGUUGUUGCAAUUUGGCACACAAUAUCUGAAGUUUAUGAAACCACAUCGUUGAUGCUCGAGGUAAGAAGUGCUCAUCGAUAUAUGUUUGACACUGCAACUGAGGAAGCAACAAGGGAGGUUUCUCUGAAAUUUAAGGGCAUAAUUUCAGAAUUACUGGCUCAAAAGCAGGAAAGCUAUUCAAUCUAUUAUAUGUUUAAGGACAGCUUAGAGAUGAUAUGGGAACAUUUCCUGUGUUGUGAGCACUUCUUGACAACUGAUUCUAUCGAAGAAGUGGGUGGACAGAAAUAUUAGGAAAAAUUGGUACCAAAAAAGAUACAUCGAGUAAAGGUUAAAAGAGAUGAAGAUUGCUUGAUCAAUGAGGAUGGCCGUGCCAAAUAUUAGAUGCUUUAUGCUUUCUACUUCCACCUAGCCUAUGUAAACAACCUAGAUAAUGUAGAUAUCAACCUGGACAGUUGAUCUUGCUAGGGUUACUAUAAUGCAUAGUUAUGGGUAGCCAAUGAUGCACAC